AUGGCAGCCGCUGUCCUGCGAGCAGAGCCGCCCCCCGCCCCGGCGCCCCUCGGCGGGUCCGGCCCCGCGCCCGGGGAACUGGGCCAGCUGCCGCCUCCGAGGAGCCUGGCCGCGGCGGCCGCGGACCGGGAGCCGGCCCGGCAGGAGGGCGAGGCGGAGAGCCCCGGGGAGAGCGAGCCGGAGGCCUGGGGAGGCGAAGGAGGCGCCCGGCCGGGGGCCAGCGGGGCCCCGGAUCUGGGGGGCGAGGAGGGAGCGUGGGAGCCUCUCCUGGAUCAGCGCAAAGCGCCAGCUGCCUGCGGCCCCCCCAGCGCGCCUCUGGGCGGGGGGCACCUCUGCCCGGCGCCAGCCCCGCUCAGCCUGGUGCCGGCGGCUGGCAGCAGCCAUGGGGCUCCCCAGGGGCUGCCCAGCCUGGAAAGGACACUCAGCCGGAGCCUGAGCCCCCCCAGCGCCGGGGCAGGAGAUCAGGCCCUGGGCAGCGCGGCUGAGACCUGCUGCGCCCCGGGGGAAGCUGGCAGCACAGAGGAGGAGUGCCCCAUCUGCACGGAGCCCUACGACAGCGGGCGGCACACGCCGGCCCUGCUCAACUGCAACCACGUGCUGUGCAGCGACUGCCUGCGCGCCAUCAUGGACCGGGCCGGCGCCGCCGACAUCGGCCGCGUGCGCUGCCCCAUCUGCCGCCAGAAGACCCCCAUGCUGGAGUGGGAGAUCUGCAAGCUCCAGGAGGAGCUGCUGCUGCUGCACACCCAGCCUGCCCCAGCCUCCCCACUGGCGCUGCCCAUGCCGCCCCCGCUGCCGCCCCGGAGGCCGGGGCUCUGCGGGGCGCUGGAGCACCACUUCCAGGUGCGCUUCCACACCAGCCGCAUGUUCGGCUGCCUGCCCUGCGUGCGCUACCCCCUGUGCCUGGUCAGCGGCCUGGGCAGCCUGCAGCACCGCUGCCGCUGCUGCUACCUGCUUUCGCUGGCCGCCCUGCUGGCCGCAGAGACGCUCAGCCUGCUGCUCAUCUUCCUGCCCAUCGUGCUGCUUGUGCUGCUCUUCCUCAUCCUGGAAAAAUAGCUCCGAGAGCUGCACCCCAGGGCCCGGAGGCCUCUCCAGCCAGGCCAGAGUGUGGGCAGUGAUCAAUGGAGGGGAGGGGAUUGGAGGCAGGGGUCCUGGGCAAGGCCAGGCAGGGUGUUCCUACCCCCCUCAGGAGGGCUAAGCCGCAGGUGUUGGGCUGCAGUGUUCAGCCUAGGGAGAACCCUGGCACCCUGGCCAGCAUCCCCACUCUCAGUGAGGCCAACUCUGCAGGCCUGGAGAGACACAGCUGGGCCGCAGCGAAGCCCUUUCCAGCUGGGUUGGGCUUCUGUCCCAGCAGUUGGUAAGAAUAUAAGAAUGGCCAUACUGGGUCAGACCAAGGGUCCAUCUAGCCCAGCAUCCUGUCAUCUGAGAGUGGCCAGUGCCAGGCGCCCUGGAGAGAAUGAACAGAACAGCUAAUCAUCAAGUGAUCCAUCCCCUGUCGCCCAUUCCCAGCUUCUGGCAAACAGAGGCUAGGGACACCCUCCCUGCCCAUCCUGGCUAAUAACCAUUGAUGGACCUGUUCUCCAUGAACUUAUCCAGUUCUUUUUUGAACCCUGUUAUGGUCUUGGCCUUCACAACAUCCUCUGGCGAGGAGUUCCGCCCGCUGACUGUGCAUUGGGUGAAGAGAUUCUGCCUUUUGUUUGUUUCAAAUAAAAGGAAGCAGAGCACCAGCAGGCCCCCCCCCCCGGGCACCCCAUGCCAGUGCCUGUGCACAGGGAGAGAGGCAGGGGUUCUCUGCUCACAGAAGGGCCCAGACGUGAGCUAAACGCAGGAGGUGCUGAGCUCUGACAAAUCUAGAGCAGAAAUGGAGGCCAUGGGUCCAGCCAGUCCCAAAGGAGAGUUUAAACUGUGCCCCAGGGCAAACAGUACCACACUCCUGCAGCCUGCCCACAUCAGUCGGUGUCACUGGAGCAGAGGUGGAGCAGAAGCACUGAGCACAGGGCAGCUGGGCUGGCCAGGCCAGGGGUGGUUCGUGUCUGGUUCCCUCUCUUGUUCAGUCGAAAGAUUCUGUUUCCUCCAAUUCAGACUGUGAAAAUACAAACAAUUGACUUGAGAA